UGCACAAAACAACAUUUCCCACAUCCAGAAACAGCCUCUCCAGUCUCCUCUUGGCUCUAACUGUGGUUUCUGAAAAUGAAAAUCUCAUAUGUUGCCUGUUUGGUCGUGGUUGCUGUGUUGUUAGGGGAGAUCGUGGAGGUGUCCCAGGCAGCAACAUGUAACCCACUUGAGCUAAGCGCAUGUGCAAGUGCAAUCACAUCUUCAAGCCCACCAUCAGCCAUUUGUUGUAGCAAGUUAAAGAAGCAGAGACCUUGUCUCUGCCAGUACGUGAAGAACCCAAACCUCCAAAAGCUUGUUAACUCUCCAAAUGCGAGGAAGGUGGCUACCACUUGUGGCUCCCCAUUCCCCAACUGCUAGAGGCUCCUCUUUAUAUAUUGAACUAGUAUUCAAAGGUCGUGGAGUUAUGUGUGUUGUUGCUAGUUGUUUGAAGCUUUGUUCCAUGGAGUUGUCUUGUUUAUUCUAGUUGGGGUUCUAGGAGUCAUGAUCCAGUCAUGGUCGUCGUCGUCCUCUGAUGAGCUUCUCUUCUUCAACUUAAGGAUUUGUUUUGUGAUAUUUAAGUGAGGAUAAUUUCUUAUUUCUAUAUCGUUGUUGUUGGCUUAACUAGAAUUCAUUUCAUUUGCUGAGUGAAAUGAAUUUAUUAUUAUUAUUAAUGUUAUUAUGAUCAAACAUUAUAAUUUCAAAAUUUUUCAUAUUUAA